AUGUUUCUCGCAGAUUGCGUUCAACAUGUCGCUGUGGCUGCCUUUGGAAUGGGCUCGUGGCUGAGCGUGAACGCAGUUUACGUGCAAUUACCUCUGCUUAUUUAUAUUGUACCAGAAGGCUGGAAUCUAGCCACUUACAUCGUUUUACUCGUUCAAAUUGCCUGUAUUGCACCUCUCAUCUAUGGCAUAUUAGAUAUACUGAUGGAAUGCAUCUCAAACAAGACGUGGAAAAGAUAUAAUCAAAUGGUUCUCAUUCCGAUCAUGCUCGUUCUGUCCGGAUUUGGCCUUCUGAUGGCUGCGUUCACGUAUGACCAACCUGUCGUUAUAGACAAUGCCAAGCACAGUUAUUGGCUGUUUGUCGCAAUAUUGAUCAUGUCAAUUCCGUGUACAACCGCAGAUGUACUCUUUCUACCGUACAUAACGAAACUCGAGAAUUUUAAAUACGUUACGACAUUUUUUAUCGGAAUGGGUCUCAGUGCACUGCUGCCGAGUACAGUCUCACUCAUACAAGGUGCGUCUGCAAAUCUCAACGGUACUGUACCGAAUGCAUGGGGAUCGACAGAGGGCAGUGUUUUGUUUGGCCCGAGAUCGUAUCUCGUCAUAAUGGUUGCUCUCACUUUUGUCUCGCUUUUAGAAAUCGCCGUCUCAUUCGAUUUGUCAGAUCGACUUGAAGAUACCAGAAGGAACGAAAAGUGUCAGUUGUUCAAGCUUUUAGAAUUUACUCGUUUCGAGAAUUUUUGCCCAAAUAUUUAUUUCUGGUCAACUCUACUAACAGUCAUGAUGAAUCCAAUAUUCUGCUUCUUGCAAUUCUGCAUUGCCUUCAAAAACACUUGUUUCUUCAUUAUAUGGGCAAGUGUAAGUUUUGCAUUGGUGGCAUUCGCUUUCACUAUGGCAUUGGUUGGAAAGGUCGAUGGCCUCGCACCAGUGUUGUUGGUUGUGUUCGGGCUGAGUUCAGGUCUUAUCUCUUGGGAACGAACUGCAAUCGCGCAAAUACUUCGUCAGACAAGUACUGCUCGUGGUCUUUUCUGGUGUGGUGCUUUCACGCAGAUCGGUUCUUUUAUUGGUGCAUUGACGAUGUUCGUUUUGACCGAAGUAGUGGGAAUAUUCAGAAAACAAUGA